GCCGGGCCCGGCGGCGCCGCCGCCAUGAGCGGCUCCUCGGGGACCCCGUACCUGGGCAGCAAGAUCAGCCUCAUCUCCAAGGCGCAGAUCCGCUACGAGGGCGUCCUCUACACCAUCGACACCGACAACUCCACCGUGGCGCUCGCCAAGGUGCGCUCCUUCGGCACCGAGGACCGGCCCACGGAGCGGCCCGCGCCGCCGCGCGAGGAGAUCUACGAGUACAUCAUCUUCCGCGGCAGCGACAUCAAGGACAUCACCGUGUGCGAGCCGCCGCGGGCGCAGCACGCGCUCCCGCAGGACCCCGCCAUCGUCCAGUCUUCCCUAGGCUCUGCGUCGGCCGCCUCCUUCCAGCCCCACGUGCCUUACAGCCCCUUCAGAGGGAUGCCGUCCUACAGCCAGCUGGCCGCCAGCUCCCUGCUCAGCCAGCAGUAUGCCGCGUCCCUGGGCCUGGAGAAGUUGGUAAGCCCUCCAGCCUCAGCCGCAGCUUCCAGCCCUAGUUCUUCUCCAUCUCCACAGCCUGUUUCAGAGCUUGACGUGUCCUCAGAGCCACGCCCGCUCACUGUCAAGGGAGCUGGCUUUCCCUCUGUCCCGGGCGGCAAGAGCCCCAUGGUGGAGCAGGCUGUGCAGACGGGCUCUGUCGACAACCUGAGCACCAAGAAGCAGUUUCCAGGCAAGGGCGCUGCGGGCACCCAGCUCAGCGCCCGCCCGGCCCAGCCAAACAGCAAGGCCACCAUCGACGCAGUGCAGCCGGCGGCGGCGCAGACACAAGGCCAGGUGAACGACGAGAACCGCCGGCCGCAGCGCAGGCGAUCAGGGAACAGGCGGACCAGAAACCGCUCCCGAGGGCAGAACCGCCCCUCGAGCGUCAAGGAGAACACCAUCAAGUUUGAGGGCGAUUUCGACUUUGAGAGCGCCAACGCCCAGUUUAACCGAGAGGAGCUGGACCGGGAGUUCAAGAAGAAGCUCACUGUCAGAGACGACAGGGCGGACAAGGGGGACGAGAAGGACGCCGCGGUGGUGGCGCCGAGCGACGAGGGCCCCGCCGAGGACGGCCGCGUGGGGCCCAGCUGCUACUACGACAAGUCCAAGUCCUUCUUCGACAACAUCUCCUCCGAGCUCAAGACCAGUUCCAGGCGGACCACAUGGGCUGAAGAGAGGAAGCUCAACACGGAGACCUUUGGGGUAUCGGGAAGGUUUCUCCGUGGCCGUAGUUUCCGGGGUGGAUUUCGAGGCGGCAGGGGCAACGGUGCCACUCGUCGCAACCCGACUUCCCACAGAGCGGGGACCGGCCGGGUGUGAGGCCCCUGCAGAAGCGGCUUGGACGUGCACCUGGGCCGUGGGCGCCUGGGUCCCGCCCUGGAGGGGCAGGUCCUCGUCUCCCAGCCGGGAGGGCUCUUGUGCUGCGGCUUAGCUGGGACGUCACCGAGCUCCACGGACUGGCCUGCCAGAGCCGCGUGGCUGGGUGUGCACGGGCGGCCUCUUGGAGGUGUCUCGGCCCAUCUUUCCUUUCUAGUUACGCACAACCUGGUUGUAAGGUUUUGAUAUUUUGCGGAAACGUUUUCCAGAGCUAAAGAUUGGCUCUUACUUUGUGACUUUUUGAACGCUUUGAUUUUUAAAGUGAAGUAGAUCUCAUUUGGCAGCCGUGACGCCAAGUGCAUCCCUGCUGCCCGCUGGGCCCGGUGCUGUGGCCUGAGCCCACCGGGGGCGGGGGGGCG